AUGAUUCAAAAUCAGCCAAUGGAGGUUAGUUUUAACUAAAAAAUUAUCAAAAUUUUCUGAAAUUCAUAAAUUCAGCGGGCUAAUUCUCAAAAAAAAAAACAAUUUUCUAUUAACAGGUGUUUUUUGAUAUUCAGAAAUCACUUGUUUAAUUUGCCCCUAAUGUUUUUUUCAUAAUUCCAGCCUCAGAUUGAUGCUAACCAAGUGGAAAGAGGUUUCUUCUUAUCCACGAUUUUUGUUAUGGGUUAUCAAUUGAUCGUGUUCACAACAAUCAGCACGGAUUCUUGGAUGAAACUCGGUUUCUUAUUCUUCGAAUGGAUUUCAUUCAAAUGCUUGCUUGCAGAUAAUUUAACGUUCCUCAAACGUUACAGUGUUUUAUAUAUCCUUCUCAUUUUCAAAAGUAUCAUGCUAAUGCACUUGGCACACAAACUUAUUGUUCCAACAUUCGACAUCUUGGCUGUUAAUCAAAACGAGACAAAUAUUGCAAUCGAAGCGUUUUUGGAUGCCCUCUUUCAACAUACUUUCAAAACAAAGUUUGGAUUGGCAAGCUUCUUCGUAGUAAUUCAUACCUUCUGUAAGUUUUUAACAUUUUUUAAUCAAGUAAAUUGAUUAUAUUUUACAGAUCUGUGCUCGCGUGCUGCUUGGUUUGCCCACCUUGCUUCUCGUUGA